AACACUACCACAUUACACGUACGGGACGAGGUCCUCCUUCGCAUAGAGCUCAAGCUCGAGGCCGACUUCGUAGAACGACGUCACCGAGUCGACGGGGAUCUCGGAAUCGGUAUGCGCGAGCGUCAGCGACCCGCACAUGGUACGUAUGGCGCCCUUCGUCACCUCCUGGAGCAGCGCGUAGUCUUUGUAGUACGGCGCGAGGGGCCGUUCCCGCGCGCGGUUCUUCGCCGCGAGCGCGUCGUCGACGGCGGACUCGAGCGCCGCGAGAUCCAGGGUCGCCGCCAGCGCGUCGUAGCCGACCUCCAGGAUCACGCCGUCCCGCGGCGCGUUCGGCGCGUGCUCAGGGUCGAUCGCCGCGGGCAGCGUCACGAGCGCUCGGGGUAUCGCGAGCUCUUCGGCCACGGCGCGCGUGAUCGCCGAGAUUCCGGUGGGCUCCAGUGGGUCGCCUUGCGUCACGAGAAUGGCUUGCCGCUCGGUUAUCCGCGGCCGCAGCGCCGCGGCGACGCGUCGUGCCACCUCGGCCGGGUCGCGCUGGUCCCGUCGGCCGGUGCCUCCCUCGACUACUAUCGGUGCGAAGUCUUUGAGCUUCGUGAGUGCGGCCGUGCCUGUCAACAGGCUGCUGCAGACCUUCAUGGUACCUCGUCGUCACAGUGCAGGCGCGUCGUCACGGCUCGUCGUCAGAGUGCAGAGGCAGUGCUUGUGCAAGCACGGCUGCUCAGCUUUGCAGCCUCGUAGCGAUGCGCAGCGAUGUAAUUUCGCGUGGCACUCGCGAAGCUGGCUUAAGUAACGAUUGUAGCUCAACUUUUCACACGUAUGAUGCGGCUUACUCAAGGUGCGGCUCAAUUUUGAGCAAAAAUG